AUGGACAUUGUCCAUCCGUCUUACGUGACGGUAGAUGACUUCACGGGAGAAGUAGCAUGGAUCAAACAGGCUGUAGAAGAACACAGCGUGUGCUUGCCCAUGGGCAAAGUCAAAAUCAGUGAACCGUUCGGGGAACUCGUGACCGAGGCUGCAGUUUCCAAAUCUUUGUCGCUGCAGUACCCUUCCUUUUUUUCGAAUCGGUUUGAUCAGUUACUGCGUGACAAAGGGCUUAAACUGGGAGAAGGCGUAGUAUAGGCGUUGACGUGAGGCCAAGCUCGAAAAAUCGCCUCGCUUUCGGCUCAAAAUGCAAAAGCUGCUCCAGUGGAAAUAGCAAAAGAGGUAACUUCAGUAACCGAAUCCGAGCUAGGCUCGAGAGACGAAAAAACGGUCGAGAAAACACUGCCAGCUGACCAGCUCAGUGAGAGCGUAUCACUAGGGUGUCAAAGUUCACGCCUGAAGGAAGAGCCCGCUGACGCACUCGCAAGCGAGACAGGGUCGUUAUUAUCACCGGCCUCAAAGAACUUCGAUCAGCUCUUACGUGUGGACAGAGAGUCACUGGCAUCUCAGCAAAAGAAUGAUGACAGCUUAGCUAAAUUGCAUCCCACAGCUAAAGAAGGCAUUGCUAGGCGCUACGUGACGAUACAAGAGAGAGGAGGAUUGUUGAAUUGGCACUACAGAGACCGAAAGGGCAGGUUUCUAGAUCAGUUAGUCGUACCUACUAAGUACAGGGAGGACCUUUUGAGUCUCUGUCAUGGAAAUGUGUGGUCUGGCCACCAAGGCAUGAACAAAUCAAAGGAAACAUUCCUUAUGGAAUGCUACUGGCCUGGCUGUCUCAAAGACGUAGAAAACUUUGUAAGAUCUUGCCACCCUAGCGUGGCCGUACGCCGACGAACAGUCCCGAUGGUGCUGAGUGGCAACCGGAUACCAUGGAAGCGGGUUGUUACGUACGUGGGCCUACAGAUUGAUCACCGGUUGUCAUGGGCACGACCUGCCAAGGCACUCAUCGCCGAAGCGUCGGCGUUGUUGUUGAAGGACCGGCUGAACGGACAUCUCCGCAUCUACACGGACAGCUCGUUCCAUGCAGACUCCGGAUCUGCCGCUCCCCCCUGCGUGAUCCUUGCCCUUCAGCGCCCGGGAGUGUGCCGGCUGCCUUUCGCGGCAAGCUCCACCGCUGCUGAGGUGGCUGGCCUCCAUCUGGCUGCGGACAUGCUGGCGGAGGACCCCCCGGAUUCUCCGGUCGUGAUUCUCUGCGACUCGCGAGCUUGCUCUUCGUCGACCGAAAAUCGCCGGCCUUGGCGUUGCCCUGCUGGAAGAAAAGCGCACGCGAGCGAGGAACGCGGCCCGGAAGCGUGCCUCUCCUGUGGUGGGUGA